GAGGUAGAAGCUGAAGCGGAAGCUAAAGCUGAAUAUGUUUGAAUGAAAAUGUUGCGAAGCCGUUCGAUCCACAAGUAUUUGAGCGCGGCGAUGCUUCGAAUAUCUCCUCCUCCUUACUCACCAACGGCUUCGGCUUCUAGUAGACAAUUCUCCCGCGCAAACCCUUGCUUUGUGGCGCCAGACUCUCCUCAUUCUCUCUCCACUACAAGAACCCUAAAUUUCCAGCGAAAUGUUAUUCCCUUGAUACCAAAGCUUAGAAACCACAGUUUCAGUUCCAACCGUGCUGUCUUCUUUACUGUUCGAUGCCUCUCUUCGACUCCUUCUGCAAGCACAUUGGACUGGAAUGAACCAGUUUCGUGCUCCGAGAUUGGCGAUGGAUAUAACAGCAAAGUAAACGACGACGUAAACGUGGAGGAGACGACGCCAUCCAUUCCUGUUAGAGCUUAUUUCUUCUCCACAAGUGUUGAUUUGAGAAGCUUAGUUGAUCAGAAUAAAGCCAAUUCCAUUCCACCUACUUCCCGCAUGACCAAUUAUGUGGUCCUUAGAUUUGGAGUCACUAAAUUUGAUGCAAAUGGAUCAGAGGCUAGCUUAAGUGGGAGUGACUGCUGUUAUAUGGUAGUUUUUCAAUAUGGAUCUAUAGUGUUGUUUAAUGUACGUGAUCAUGAGAUUGAUGGCUAUUUGAAGAUUGUAGAAAGACAUGCUUCAGGAUUGCUUCCAGAAAUGAGAAAGGAUGAGUAUGAGGUGAGGGAGAAGCCAACUUUACACACAUGGAUGCAUGGUGGUUUGGAUUACAUAAUGUUGCAGCAUUUGAACAUUGAUGGAAUUCGUACCAUUGGUAGUGUGCUUGGUCAAAGUAUUGCUCUUGAUUACUAUGUUCGCCAGGUUGAUGGAAUGGUUGCUGAAUUUACUGACAUAAAUCGUGGGAUGGAAAAAACUGGCACCUUUACCAUGGAAAGGAAAAAACUUUUUCAAUUAGUGGGAAAGGCAAAUUCAAACCUAGCUGAUGUGAUUCUUAAACUUGGACUUUUUGAGAGAUCAGACAUCGCUUGGAAGGAUGCUAAGUAUGCUCAAAUAUGGGAGUUUCUUCGGGAUGAGUUUGAAUUGACUCAGAGAUUUGCAAGCCUUGAUUUUAAAUUGAAAUUUGUGGAGCAUAAUAUUCGUUUUCUUCAAGAAAUUCUUCAAAACAGGAAAUCGGAUUUUCUGGAGUGGCUUAUCAUCAUAUUAAUUGGUGCUGAGAUUCUCAUCUCUGUUUAUGAUAUCGCACAUAAAUCAGCAAUAACUUCGCUCUAGCCUUUUAAGGUGCUCAAAAUGAAAUUAAAUGAGAUUCAGAUUGAAGGUGAGACUGUUCACUGUGUAUUGAAAUUUUGCUGCUUUUUGCAGCUUACUGUGCAUAUCUUUUUUAGACUUUGGUCAAUUUUCAGAAUCCACUUGUAGACUUUAAUGCAGAGAAUCUGUUGGUGCUCAUGUUUCAUUUUGUGUCAAGGAUUCUAAAUUUGUAAAUAUUUGAGAUUUUAUAGAAAUUUUCCUCUCCUCCAAAGAAGAGAGGGUAAAAAAGCAUUUGUUCUUUA